CCUCGUCUUUCUCUCUCUAAUAUUCCUCUUUCUAAUGUGCCCUUUUUUCCUUAUGUCUUUCUCUCUGUAACACUCUGCUCGCCCUAAGAGAACGACCAUGCAUCCAUAAUGCUCCUUACCUGGCUUGACCCCAUAAAUCUUUUCCAUUGAUUUGAAAUAGUUCCAUCCAUCAUUAACCAAACCAGCAUGGCUACAAGCAAAAAGAACACCCACCAUAGUUGUAUAAUUUGGUUUAAUCCCUGUUUCUUUCAUUCUUCAAAGAGGUUGAGAGCCUCUUUUCCAUGGCCAUUUUGAGCCAUAUCCAACGCCAUAGUACUCCAUGAGAUCACAUCUCGCUCUACCAUCUUAUCGAAAGCCAAGCUCACCUCCUCUAGACUUCAAGUACAAGUUCAAGAGUGCGUUAUUUACUAUCAAGUCCAUGCCUGUUUUAAAACUAUGGGCAUGUACUUGUCGGCCUAGCUCUAGCGAAACCAAGCCUAUACAAGCUCUAAGGAUACUGGUUAAGAUAGCUUCCGUUGGAAAAAAGCCAGCCCGUUUCAUUCUCUCGAAGAACUUAAAUGCCUCAACUACAUCACCAUUUUGGGCAAUUGCCCCAAUUAUAGAUUCCAAACAACUCGAUCGCCAGUUUCCAUUUCAUUGAAAACACUAAGCCCACUCUCCAAAUCUCCAUUUUUUGCAUACAUAUCCAUCAAAGCACUUCUACCCAAGACAUCCAAUUCUAAACCACACUAUAAAAUCAAAGCAUGCACCAGUUCAAGUGUUCUAAUCUUGCCAUAUGUUCUUAAAAUGGUCGAAAAAAUGCACAUAUUGGGCAUUAUACCCUCUCUAUGCAUCAAAACCAAGAGUCUCGAAGCUUCCUCAUUGGAACCUAUAUUAGUGUAUGCCGAUAUCAUGGUGGUCCAAGAAACAACGUUUCUAUGAAGCAUUUUGUCGAAAACUUUGCGAGCUUCCUUUGAAAGGCCAAAUUUUGAAUACAUGUUAAGAAUGUAUUUGGGGUGAAACCAGUAGAUAUGAGCUUACCUUUUUUGAUUGCUUGGUGUCUGAUGCAUCAGUUGAAUAUAAGAUGGGUCUCUGAAAACUCUAUUUCUUUCUAAAAUGGCCAUGGUGGGUAUGGCGUUUUUCAAGAGGUUGCAGAAACGGUUAAAUUCAUUAACCAAGUUAGUAGAAGCUGGUUCGUGGUUUGGAAAUGGCGAGGAUUUGAUCAUCGUACAGAAAAUGGAUGUGUUUUUUAUGGCUCUCAAAAGAGGGCUCAUCAUGAAACCUUUGGGAUUUGAAUUUGAAAAAGUUGAAGAAUUUCAUUUAAAAAUUUCGAGGAAAAUUUGAAGCGGUAACAGUAGGAAAUGUAAUGCAUUUCGCCAAAACUAUACUCAAUUUUCAUGACUUCUCAUAUUUUAGAGAAAAUUCAGAAAGAACGACCCUAGCUACUAAGUUAUUUUCUGAUUCACCCCUUUAAUUGAUGCAUUCACAUGACCUCUGUUUGUACUCUAACUAAUGGUUGAAUAUAACUAUGAUCUCUUUAUGCCAAAGCUUGAAAAAAAAAUCUAAUCCCUUGUUUUCUCAUUCUGAACAUGCUUUCUCAUACUGAAAUGUAAAAUAAAAUUACAAUAUUGAAGGGUAUUCCUGUAAACAAUCGAUGUAUCAAUAUCUGAUUAGGAAAGAAAAAAGAAAAAAUUUGCUAAAAAAGAGAGGAAGCUUUCGUUAAUCGUACACCACCCGAAAUGUCUAAAUUCUCAAAUUAAACUCCAUUUUCUUCUCUUUCAAUGGCAGAGCCUAGGCCUUACAGAGAACCCUGAAGUCCAUGGGUGAAUCUGCAACUAAUUCAAGCAAAAAUCGUGGCCGUCCAACGAUUUUGAAAGAUGCUCGAGGCAAAAUAGUGGCCAUCCAAAGAUUCAGAAACUCAUCCUCUGAAACCCCAAAUCUCCAAUGGUUCUGGCUAUGCAUCGAUCCAAUGAUACGAUAUGGAGGGUUUAUAGCUCUUUUAUUUGAUAUUUGAAAUAUUCAUGCUUUGAACUUUUGAAAUCUAGGGUUUUUACUCUAAUAGUGUUGCUGAAGGUUAGAGAUUUUUAGUCCUUGGUGUUGGUAAGAAAUCGUGUUUUUUUUUCCUCUGAAAUGUUUUCGGUGAUCCAAUCAACGAAUCAACAGUCGAUAUGGGCAUUUAGUCCUUAACGCCCAUGAAGAAAUCAAGUGUUUGGAGCAAGAAGUCUAGCGUUUGCGUCUUUACAAUGGCUCUGGAGAUCAAAGAAACAGUCAAUUAGGGGAUUUUUAGUCCUUCAAUUUGGUGAAGAACUCUGGGGUUUUUGUUAUUGAAAAUGUCUCUGAGGAUCAAAGCGGUGGUGGAUAAGUUUGUGAAGGAGUUAAAGGAGGUUCUAGAUGCAGAUAUUCAGGAUCGAAUCAUGAAGGAGAGAGAGAUGCAAAGCUACAUCGAAGAAAGGGAGCGAGAGGUUGCAGAGAGAGAGGCACCUUGGAAAGCUGAGCUUUCACGAAGAGAGUUUCUGCAACCUCAAAAACUUGAAAAAAGCCCUACCCACCAUGGCCAUUUUAGAAAGAAAUAGAGUUUUCGGAGACCCCAUCUCAUAUUCAGAGCUAAUCAACUGUUGCAUCAGGCACAAAGCAAUCAAAGAAGGUAAGCUCAUACAUGCUCAUAUCUCAUCUCCUGGUUUCAUCCCAAAUACAUUCUUACUCAACAACAUUCUUAAUAUGUAUUCAAAAUUUGGCCUUUCAAAGGAAGCCCGCAAAGUUUUCGAUAAAAUGCUUCAUAGAAACGUUGUUUCUUGGACCACCAUGAUAUCGGCAUACACUAAUACAGGUUCCAAUGAGGAAGCUUUGGGACUCCUGGUUUUGAUGCAUAGAGAGGGUAUAAUGCCCAAUAUGUACACUUUUUCUGCUAUUUUAAGAGCAUGUGGCAAGAUUAGAACACUUGAACAGGUGCAUGCUUUGAUUUUAGAAUGUGGGUUAGAAUCUGAUGUCUUUGUUAGAAGUGCUUUGAUCGAUAUGUAUGCAAAAAAUGGAGAUUUGGAAAGUGGGCUUCGUGUUUUCAAUGAAAUGGAAACUGGCGAUCGAGUUGUUUGGAACUCUAUAAUUGGGGCAAUUGCCCAAAAUGGUGAUGUAGUUAAGGUAUUUAAGUUCUUCGCGAGAAUGAAACGGGCUGGCUUUUUCCCAAAUGAAGCUACCUUAACCAGUGUCCUUAGAGCUUGUACAGGCUUGGUUUCACUAGAGCUAGGCCAACAAGUACAUGCCCUUAGUUUCAAAACUGGCAGGGACUUGAUAGUAAAUAACGCACUCUUGGACUUGUACUCCAAGUGUGGAAGUCUAGAGGAAGCGAGCUUGGCUUUCGAUAAGAUGGUAGAGCGAGAUGUGAUCUCAUGGAGUACUAUGUUGUUGGGUAUGGCUCAAAAUGGCCAUGGAAAAGGGGCCCUCAACCUCUUUGAAAGAAUGAAAGAAACAGGGAUCAAACCAAAUUAUAUAACUAUGGUGGGUGUUCUUUUUGCUUGUAGCCAUGCUGGUUUGGUUAAUGAUGGAUGGAACUAUUUCAAAUCAAUGGAAAAGAUUUAUGGGGUCAAGCCAGGUAAGGAGCAUUAUGGAUGCAUGGUCGAUCUCUUAGGGCGAGCAGGGUGUCUCGAAGAAGCUGCAAAUUUCAUUAGAGAGAUGAAAUGUGAACCAGAUGCUGUUAUUUGGAGGACUCUUCUUGGAGCUUGCAGAGUCCACCAAAACGUGGAAUUAGCAAUACAUGCUGCAAAGCGUGUAAUCGAACUUGAACCAGAACAUGAAGGGAAUUACAUACUUCUCUCUAACAUUUAUGCCACUUCUUCUCGGUGGGACAACGUUGUAGAAGUGAGGAGAGAGAUGAGUGAGAGAGGAGUGAGAAAGGAGCCAGGAUGUAGCUGGAUUGAUGUAGAGAGAGAAAUCCAUGUCUUUGUUCUGGGAGAUACUUCGCACCCCAGAAUGGAGGCCAUAGUUAAAGAGCUCAACAGGUUGAUGGGAAGAAUUAAGGAUAUAGGAUAUGUUCCUGAUACAAAUUUUGUGUUACAUGACCUCGAAGAUGAACAAAAGGAGGAGGCACUUCGAUACCACAGUGAGAAGAUGGCCAUGGCAUUUGGGUUGAUUAGCAUUCCUAAGGGGAGGCCUGUUAGGAUUAUGAAGAACUUAAGGAUAUGUGGUGAUUGCCAUAUAUUUGCGAAAUUUGUGACCAAGAUUGAGAAUCGGAGUAUAGUGAUUAGGGAUCCAAUGCAUUUUCAUCAUUUUAAGGACGGAGAAUGCUCAUGUGGGGAUUACUGGUGAUAAUCGAGAAGAGAUAUGUAUGAGGAAAAUGGUUGUUGCAUCUCCUUGGAGAAAUUUUCUCAGGAAAAACAGGACUGUCAAGACAGCAAUUUUAUGCCCAAAAACCCAUGCAACAAAGGCCUUUGGUACACUAUACAUACUGGAACCUUCAGAUCACAUACGAAUCAGCACUUGGAAAUGCAAAGGGACAAAGAGAGGAAUGUAUAAAUUGGCUUGUAGCCAUUUUGAAUGUUACGGGAGAGGGAGGAAUGUAUAAAUUGGCUUGUAGCCAUUUUGAAUGUUGAAAUUUUGAAACUUGAAAUAUGAGCUCUACCAGUUUGUUGUAUAUAAUGUGUUGUAAAAUGAAGCAUGGCUCCGUGAAACAUGAGUUUUUGAUAAGUAUGGCUCUAUUAGAAAUGAGUUCAAGUUCAAAGGUGACCCAUUUGUGUGUAAGAGAUGGAGAAUAUUUCUCCAUGUAUAUAAUGAAUGUACCUGUGUCAGUUGUUCAUGGACUAAUAUCCUGUAUUCCUGCUGCUAAUAAAUUCAACAAUCAAUGAAAGCUUGAUCACAUGAUCGACUUCAACAUUUGUAAUACAACUUGUUGCACUUUUGAUUCUUUUGCA